AGAGAACCCAUCCAAAGCAUUCUUCAACCGAUAAGGCUUUAUCUGUCACCAUUAUGUGCCGUCACCCGCUAAAGAGGAGAAGGCGGCAGCGAUGCUCGAGUAGCGCGGGAUGCUGUGGAGUGAAAGCACCGUGGGAGGAAGGCUCAGAGUGAACCGGCAGGUGGUGGAACACGAAUGGCUUCUCCGGCGCUGCUUCCCACGGAUGAGCGAGGCAAACCGCCUCAUCCUGCCGACGUCCUUGAACGGAUUUCCAGCAGUGCGCCGCACGUCCGCGCGACCAGCGGAUCAACAGGAGGCGCGUCCCCGAGGGAGGGCGCCUGUAACACGGCCCGCGGCUGCCAUGGCCGGUGUCAUUCAGCACCAAGGACGGCGCUGCGCAGGGGAGGCGCAGAGGUUAAACUCGCUCACCUCUGCGAGGACAAAGUGCGGAUUUGUGGCGACGGGGAAUUAGAGACAUCAUUCGGCUAUGUUGACGAGAAUGUUAACCGACGAGUGGGCAGCCCGGACACUAGUUGUAAAAGUACUCACAGACCCGUGCACAACGGCGAGCCUUGCUCUGAGACUUUGCCGGAGCUUUCCUUCAUGUCCGAGGACGAUCUGUCCUUCGGGGAGGGCCCCGGGUCUUCCACAGACUACGGCUUUAUCAGUGCAGUCACGUUCUUGGUGACCGGGAUCUCCUUGGUUAUCAUCUCCUACGCCGUGCCACGGGACGUGGAGGUGGACCGUGACAGCGUGUCGGCGAGGGAGAUGGAGAGGCUGGAGAUGGAGAGUGCCCGGAUAGGUGCCCACCUGGACCGGUGCGUCAUAGCGGGACUUUGCCUCCUCACGCUGGGUGGCGUGGUGCUCUCCACGCUGCUGAUGAUCUCCAUGUGGAAGGGGGAGAUGUACCGGAGGAAGGUCGUCGCUUACACCAAGCGUUCGGCUAAACUGUACGGCUCCAUCAGCCUGAAAACGAGAUCCAGUCCCAGCCACUCCUCUGCGCACUUCUCACUGGAGGAGGAAAUUGAGGAGACUUAAAAUGCUCUGUGUAUAAACAUUUUGUGUAUAACAGGAAUUAAUGCCAUUCACUACUUUUCCCUGAAAACUAUACAUUCAGAGUGUAUUAUACUAUAGAAAUAGAUCAUUAUAUAUCCACGUGGCAUACAGGAAGGACAAGAAGGGCACUCAAGUGCAAAAUGAGGGAAUGCUGAAAAAUCUGGCUAAAAUUAUUUAAAAUGUCAUGAAAGGGAUCACAAAGAACGUCAAUAGCUUUGUGUCACAGACGCUGGAUCAUUUUUUGUUUUUUAAUACCCAGGAUGCAAUCUUUGAGAGCUUCCAUUUAUUAUUUAGGCUAUUCAUAUUUAAUGUGAAUGCCUUGGACAGACACAUUUCAGGAAGCUGGGGGAGUGUGUGUCCGCGGGGCAGGAGAGUGGGAGUAAGCAAUGUAAUGCGGCCCCUGUCCAGUGUGAUGGGGGAGAAUUGGCUCAGUGGUCCACAUGGUAAUAUCCAGUGACAGUCACUCUGG